AUGAUUAAAAUUCUAGUUUUGUCAACACUUCUCUGUUAUGUUUCAGCCGAUUAUCAGGUCGGGAUUGGAAGAGCUGAUUGUACAGGUCCUCCAGCUGAAAUAAUAUUUAUGGGCUAUGCCAAAUUAAGCCAGGUAGGUUGUGGAUUACAUUUACGACAAUUUGCAAGAGCUUAUAUCAUUGAUGAUGGAACAAGUCGAGCUGCUUUUGUGACUGUUGAUGCUCUUGCAAUGGCUCAUUCAGUACGAAGACAGGUAUUAAAAAAUUUAGCUGAACUUUAUAAUGACACUUACACGGAACAAAAUUUAAUAAUAAGUGGUACUCACACUCAUUCUACACCUGGAGGUUGGUUCAUGGAUUUGAUGUUGGAUAUUCCAAUUUUGGGCUUCGUGCAAGAAAGUUUUGACACACUUGUAGAAGGAAUAACUCAGUCUAUAAAAAAUGCCCACGAAAACAUGGUCGAAGCUAAAAUAUUUCUAUCGACUGGAAUUCUUCUGGAUGCAAAUAUUAAUCGCAGUCCAGCUUCAUAUCUUUAUAACCCUGAAGAGGAACGUGCAAAAUAUGAGUAUAAUGUUGAUAAGGAAAUGGUUCAGCUGAAAUUCGUUCGUUCAUCUGACAAGCAACCGAUCGGUGUAAUCAAUUGGUUCGCUGUCCAUCCCACAUCCAUGAACAAUACAAACUGCUUGCUUACGUCAGAUAACGUCGGAUAUGCUUCGCUUUUACUCGAAGACCAUGUCAAUAACGGCACCCUUCCAGGAACAGGAGCAUUUGUUGGAGCUUUUGCUUCCACUAACUUGGGAGAUGUUUCACCAAACACUAAAGGCCCGAUUUGUAUCGAUACAGGCGAAGAAUGUGAUUUUGUCACAAGUACGUGCAAUGGUAACGCUCAGACCUGUAUCGCUUCUGGGCCUGGAAAUAAUAUGGUUGAAAGCACGCAAAUCAUCGCAGGAAAACUUUUUGAUAAAGCAAAAGAGUUAUUCCAUCAAGAAGAUACUUUUGAAGUCACUGGACCCGUCAGAUAUAUUCAUCAGUAUGUAGARAUGCCGAAUGAAAAAGCUACAAUUACUUUGGCUAAUGGAACUCAACAAGAAAUAGGAGGCUGUCCCCCAGCUAUGGGUUACAGUUUUGCGGGUGGUACCACCGAUGGUCCAGGAGACUUUGAUUUUGCUCAAGGUACUACAACUGAUAAUCCUUUUUGGGACGCUGUUAGAGAUUUUGUUUUUCCACCAACUGAAGACGAAAUUGCGUGUCAUGCUCCUAAACCAAUUCUAAUUAAUACAGGAGGAGUCGACUUUCCGUACCCUUGGCAACCUAGAAUUGUUACAACUCAGCUUGUUACUGUUGGAGAAAUUGCUCUAAUUGCUGUUCCGGGAGAGUUUACCACAAUGUCUGGUCGGAGACUAAGAGAUGCAGUUAAAGAAACGAUAAUCACUAAUGGUGGUUCCGAAAAUACUCGACCAAUUAUAACCGGACUUAGUAACGUCUAUACUAAUUAUAUUGCGACUCCAGAAGAAUACCAAUUGCAACGUUACGAAGGAGGUUCUACUAUCUAUGGACCACAAACACUGAACCUUUACAUAAAUAAAUUCAAACAGUUGGCUACAGCUUUAAUAAAUGGGAAGACUCUAGAUUCAGGACCAACUCCUCCUGAUUUUUCCUCACAGCUAAUCACGUUAGUUUCACCUCCUUCAGUGGAUGGAAUUGCAGAAAGUCACAAUUUUGGCGACUGUCUCCAACAACCACCAGCAUCUGUUUCAGUUGGAGACACCGUUUCAGUCAAAUUUGUAAGUGGCAAUCCUCGUCAUGAUGUUCUUCAUGGUGGUACUUAUAUCAGUGUGGAACAGUCAGCUGGGGAUGACUGGGUUCUUGUAGCUUCAGAUGCCAACUGGGAAACACGAUUUUAUUGGAAGAGGACAAAUCAGUUAACGGGAGAGUCUGAAGUUACCAUUGAAUGGAAUAUAGGCCAAAACGUUGAACCAGGGCAGUACCGCAUAAGACAUAAUGGCCAUUAUAAAGAAAAAUCUGGAGAAAUUCGUGCUUAUGAAGGAGUAACGCAAACAUUUAAAAUCGCGUGACGCAAUUUCAAUCUACAUACCUAUUUUGAACAAUCACUUAUUAAAAUUAAAUUCGUAUUUCCUUACAUUUAAGUAUGUUUAACAAUACAUAAAAAUAAAACAUAUUUGCUUGGCCAUGUAAUUUGUAUUUGAAAAGUUUGUGAUUUAAAAAAUAAAUAAAGAUAAACAUGAGUAGUAUCGUACAACACU